AUGGAUUUUUCGCCGUCGUUCGGUCGGGCCAGGUAUAAGCGCAGCAACUUGCAACCGUCACCUGCACUCGGCAUAAACACCACACGGCACACACUUGCACCGGCCGAGCAGCCUCCAGCCUCCUCCAAAAUGCACGCUGCCAACACGCAAGCCCAGCACGGCCUCGUCGCCCACCCCGUCUCCUCUCCUCACAUGUUUGACCGCGUCGGCUCCAAAAACCUGUUCACCAGCAUGCUCGGGUCGCGCAACUCGUCUGCUGCCCCGAGCCGCCGCCAGUCGGCCGCCAGCUCCGUCGACCCAAGGGCCAAAAAGGUCAGGCCGCCUCUUGCCGCCAUGCCCCCUUUCCGAUUCGUCAACUAG